UUCGUGCUUGCCGUGGGGUCGCUGAGGCGUAGUCGCGGCUGGGCUUGGGACGUCCGGAGUGGACGCUGGCGGCGGAGCCGGCCGGGCCCGGGGGACUGCUGGUCUCGGCGCGAGGCUGCGCUCGCUGCCAGCCCCGGCGGGAGCUCGGCCCCGCUGCGAUCCGGUCCUGCUAGCAGUUAGUCCUUGAAGAGCUGACUUCUAGGGACUCUUGGACACCACUGGGUGCUUUGGAGCCUCAUGCCAGCCUGAUGUAUGCAGAGCAAGGCUGGAGAUGGGGUGUUUGUAAGCACAUUGGCACUUGCCAUGCACCCAACAGGAUCAGGGGACAGCAGCUUCUCUCGCUCUGCUGUGCAGACCCUCUCCCGGAGCCACUGCCGCAACAUCAAACAGAAGAUCUCCCAGUGGGAGGGGAGGACACGAGGGUGCUCCAGCAAGGAGAAGCAGCAGCUGAAAGACUUUGGAGUAACGUAUGACCCCAGCUGUGAUGUUCCACCUAAAGUGAAGCCAGAACUUACAGAGAAGGGCAGAAAGACUGGAUCCAAAGAUCUAAAGAGCCUGGGUUUGGACUUCAGGGAAGAUGCACAGAGCUGCUUGCAGACUGAUGACAGUAGUGACCUUAAGCCCUGUGCACACAGCCUAGCUUCCCAAGCCAAGGAAAAAGGAGAAUGGCGUGCAGGCUUCCUGGAUCCAGGGACAACAUUGGCCCCAGGGAACUCCUAUACCUCACAGGCUCUGUGGAAUGGAGUAGAUCCCCUUGUGCCUGGCAAAGCUUCACCAGCUUCCUUGGAUCUUCAGAAGAAGCAAGGGAGCUGUAGCUCCACAGAAAGAGAACUUAAAAUCAAAGGAGUUAAGUGUCUCUGCAGGGCAGAGAGAAGCUUGAAAAACAUUUACUCUGAGGCUGAGGGGCACAAGGAGAAGUCAGCUGCUGUCCCACCACCCAAGCCCCAGAGGACCUUCCGCUACCUUGCAGAAAAGGGUGCUGGUAGCUGUAACACCAGUGCCACCAGGGAAGCUCCCCAGCAGAAGCAGCAUGGAGGAAACUUGGUGUCAUGCUCUAACAAUCCUGAGAAGAAAAUAGCCAGCAGGAGGAUCAGAGGGAGAGCCCAGAGGAAAUCUUUUGAGUUUGAGGACAUCCAGGGCUUCCGCAACCAUAUGGCAACCAGCAGCUGCCACAGGCUUCGAGAAGAGACAAAUGACACCACAGGAUCCAGGCUCAUCUACACACAGUCAGAAGACAACAUCUACGAGGACAUUAUCUGCCCUGCAAAAGAGAAUCCAUAUGAAGAUAUUGGAGUGCUGCCCUUACCCCUGUGGAAGGUCCCCUCAGUCUGGAAGCUACCACCCCCCCGGGGAAUCAGCAGGGCUCCCAAGCCUCCCCCAAAACCUCCCUUCCUUAGUCGCAAGACUCUUGAGGCAAAGUCCUCCCAGACAAGUUUCCAAGGGAAGAUGGUGAAGGACACAACCCUGCCUGUCACACUGACUGAGUGGAAGCUAUUCCGAGCAGUAGAGGCUGCUAGCAGGAGAAAGAACUUGCCCUGGCUGGUACUAAAAAUACAGGAGAUCUUUGAUUCUAAGCGUGGAAAGAAACGAGUGAAGUUGCUCAGUCCAGCUGGGAGAGAAGCACCUCCUGUGAAAGGUGAAACCAGUGGGAAUGAAAGCGAUACGGAAAAGCAGCCAAAAAGUCGACACAAAUGCCUGCUGCAGGUGCAGUCCAUCUCCAAGAGGAACCCACACUACCAGACUUUGGAGAGGGAUUUGAUAGAGCUUCAGGAGCAGCAGCUAUUUGAGCUGUUUGUGGUGGUAUCACUGCACAAGAAGGCAUCUGACCUGACAUACACACCACAGAUCAUACAGCAGUUUCCCAGCAAGCCUGACCAUCCCUUCAAACAGUCAAAGGAUACAGAAGAGAGGCUAAAGGUCAUUCCCAAAUUCUGCUUUCCAGAUCCCAAAGAUUGGUUUCCUGCAUCAGACCUUAAAAGUGAAACAUUUUCUUUUGUGUUGACCGGUGAGGAUGGCAGCCGCUGGUUUGGGUACUGCAAGAAGCUCCUGCCAGAAGGGAAGGGGAAGCGCCUUCCUGAGGUGUACUGCAUUGUGAGCCGCCUGGGCUGCUUCAACCUCUUCUCCAAGAUUUUAGAUGAAGUGGAGAAGAGGAGAGAGAUGUCCCCAGCCCUGGUGCACCCUUUCAUGCGCAGUGUGAUGGAGGCACCUUUUCCUGCACCUGGACGCACAAUUGCUGUCAAGAGCUUCCUGCCAGGAGCAGGAGAUGAGGUGAUGGAACUCUGCCGUCCGCUGGAUUCCCGACUGGAGCACGUUGACUUUGAAUGCCUGCUGAAGUGUCUAAGUGUCUCUCACACAAUUCGGGUCUUUGCCUCUCUCCUGCUGGAAAGGAGGGUGAUCUUUGUUGCUGACAAUUUAAGCACUCUGUCUAAAUGUGGUCACGCUGCAGUUGCAACACUUUAUCCCUUCACUUGGCAACACACCUACAUACCAGUCCUGCCAGCUUCUAUGAUUGACAUUGUGUGCUCUCCGACCCCGUUCCUAAUUGGCAUUCUCUCCUGCUCGUUACCACAGCUUCAGGACCUGCCCAUAGAAGAGGUACUGAUUGUUGAUCUUUGUGCUGACAAGUUCUUGCAAGAGGUGAGUGAAAUACCAAAACCAGUCACCCAGGGUUAUAUGCCAGGGAAAGGUAUCAGUGAAACACAAUGAAAAAAAGAAAUCAGCAAAAGCUGGCACUCAUAUGUAGACUCUAGUGACUGAGGAAAUAGCCUGCAUUCCUUUUUGAUCAAUAGAGGAAGGAGCAGGCUCCCUUGUUGCAGCAUUGAGGCUGAGUGAGGUACAGAGCUUUGUGAAGUCGGAGAUGCUGCUUAUCUCAGCUGAAUUUAAAAACAGGUCCUUAGUUCAUUUUAUGUGAAGUGGAGCACUAAGGUUCUCUGCUCUUUCUGACUGUCUUUCCAUGUACUUGUUCUCUACAGGGCUUUCUCCUCUCUCAUGUAGCUGGGGUGUUUGUUGGUUUGGAUUUGGGUUUAGCUUUUCUUCCAGGAGUGAUAGUCUAAGAGACAAAUUAUCACAGUUCCCUUGCAGUUC